AUGACACCGAAGACAAGCGGCUCAGCAGUUGAGCCACAACGCGCCAACUUUGGCCGUCGACAUCAAACGUCGGAGGUUCUAAGCACGCUUCAACGGCCCUUUAAAUGUCCUAGCCCUUCUCAACGUAGGGAGUCGACAUUAUCAAAGCCCUUGCGCAAGCGAAGGAAAAUAGAUUACUCUGGAGCAGAUGGGAGCACUGCCGAGGAGAAGCUAUAUACUAAUGACGAUCGAUUGGCCCUGGCUACUCGAGAUGCCAACAGAUUUCCGGUGUUUCAGCCUAAAGACAAGGAUGCCGUAUUUCGGAAGGCUUUUUCUGUACCACUUGUGGACAAAAGCUGCACGCCUUACUCCAGAAGGCCGCCUCCCACCUUGGGUCUACGACAAGGCGCCGUGAUAGCUCCGAGACCGCUGCAUGAUCCGAGCGGUGAAUUCGCGAUUGUGUUGUAUGAUCCAACGGUUGACGAAAAAUCGGAGGAUGCUCAAAAGCACGAGAUGGAGAGCACGGCGACCAGCGAAGCAUCCAAGCUGGAUGCUCCUCUGGUGCAUAAAAGCUUGGCGGAGAUUCUCGGCUUGAGAAAGAAGGUGGGCGACGAGCGGCCGAAAGUUCCGGUGGUGUUGGAUCCAAAGCUUGCAAAGAUCCUUCGUCCCCAUCAAGUCGAAGGAGUCAAAUUCAUGUACCGCUGCGUGACUGGUAUGAUUGAGAAUAACGCAAACGGUUGCAUAAUGGCCGAUGAAAUGGGGUUGGGGAAAACGCUUCAAUGCAUCACUCUCAUGUGGACCUUACUAAAGCAAUCGCCAGAAGCAGGAAGGCCGACAAUACAAAAAGCCAUUGUGGUUUGUCCCGCGAGCUUGGUGAAGAACUGGGCCAACGAAUUAACCAAGUGGCUCGGCGCUAACGCCAUCACGCCUUUUGCGAUAGAUGGGAAAGCGUCCAAGGAGGAGUUGACGAGACAAUUACGGCAAUGGGCCAUUGCCUCUGGUCGAUCAAUCACUCGGCCCGUCAUUAUCGUAUCAUAUGAAACCCUGAGGCUCAAUGUGGAAGAGCUGAGGCACACCAAGAUCGGGUUGCUUUUCUGCGACGAGGGACACCGACUCAAGAACGGAGACAGCAAUACUUUCAACGCCCUGAACAGCCUCAACGUUUCCCGGCGAGUUAUCCUGACAGGUACACCGAUACAGAACGACUUGACAGAAUAUUUCUCGCUCACCAGCUUUGCCAAUCCCAACUUGCUAGGCUCGCGCCUGGAAUUCCGCAAGCGUUUCGAAAUCCCGAUUCUUCGCGGACGUGACGCCGAUGCUUCGGAAGCGGAUCGUCGGCGCGGCGAUGAAUGCACAGGGGAGCUGCUUGGCAUCGUCAAUAAGUUUCUCAUCCGCAGGACGAAUGAUAUUCUGUCGAAAUAUCUGCCAGUAAAAUAUGAGCAUGUCGUGUUUUGCAAUCUGGCACCCUUUCAGCUCGAUCUGUACAACUACUUCAUCACCAGCCCGGACAUUCAGGCCUUACUCAGGGGGAAAGGGAGCCAGCCCCUCAAGGCGAUCAACAUACUGAAGAAGCUGUGCAAUCACCCCGAUUUGCUCGAUUUAGGAAGCGAUCUACCAGGAUCAGAAGACUGUUUCCCAGCCGAUUACCUGCCGAAGGAGGCACGAGGCCGAGAUCGUCACGUGAAACCCGAGUACUCUGGCAAGAUGAUGGUCUUGGACCGAAUGCUCGCGCGUAUACAUCAAGACACGACGGACAAGAUCGUGCUUAUCAGCAACUACACAUCAACGUUGGAUUUGUUCGAGCGUCUGUGCCGGUCUCGUCAAUAUGGCUGUUUGCGCCUUGACGGCACCAUGAAUGUGAACAAGCGACAGAAGCUGGUUGAUCGAUUCAACGACCCGGACGGCGGGGAAUCCGUCUUCCUGCUGAGCAGCAAGGCGGGAGGCUGCGGCAUCAACCUCAUCGGAGCAAAUCGCUUGGUGCUCUUUGAUCCGGACUGGAAUCCCGCCGCGGAUCAACAGGCGCUGGCGCGAGUAUGGCGUGACGGGCAAAAGAAGGACUGUUUCGUGUACCGAUUCAUUGCGACAGGCACCAUUGAGGAGAAAAUAUUCCAGCGUCAAUCCCACAAACAGAGCCUGUCGUCGUGCGUUGUGGACUCGGCAGAAGACGUGGAACGGCACUUCUCGCUCGACAGUCUUCGUGAGCUGUUCCAAUACCGACCAAACACGAAAAGCGACACGCACGACACGUUCAAGUGCAAGCGGUGCAAGCCGGAUGGCAAGCAGCAGAUCAAAGCGCCGGCCAUACUCUACGGGGACACAAGCACGUGGAACCACUUUGUCAACGAAGCUCUGCAGUCCAUUCAGGAUUUGCUCUUGCGACAGGAGCACGACUUGAGCGAAGUGUCGGCCGUGUUUCAGUACAUAUCGCACUAG